AUGUAUGAACCCCACACAGGAUCAUCAUCAUAUCGUAGACCUGAUGAACCAUUAUAUCUUCCUGCUAAUAUAUCUUCAAUUUUACUAGAUGAAGACUGGUGGCUUUUACUUUCAAAACUAGUAUUGGUACUUAAACCAUAUUGUAUAAUAUUAGACAUUUUGCAGAGAGAUAAAGCAAGGCUGCAUGAAGUUUUGGGUGGUUUUGGAUAUUUUGUUGAAUUUUGGAAAAAAUAUGAUGAAUCAGAGCUCAGAGAAAAAAUGCUCAAUCAAAACAUUGCUGGUCCAAUAGAUUUAGAAAUAAGUGAAGAAAGUUCCACAGAUAUCCAAGAAUUAAAUAAUAACAGUGAAGACAAUUUAGAAGAGGAAGAAGAAACAAAUUAUGUAUCUGAUUGGAAUAGAUUAGUUAGUGAAUGGGAAAAUUUGUUACUUCAAGAAGAGGUGGAUGAUUUACUUUCCACAGAUAGUGAUGAUGAUGAAUUUGAAAUAAAUGAGUUAUUAUUGAAUCAAACUCAUCCUGCAUUAGACAAUGUAGCAAAAUGGCAAAUAACUGAUAUUUUUGUUGAAAAUUUAGAAAUACCAUUUUUUAUUGAAGAUUAA